AAUUCUAUUUCUUCUUCUAAUGGACAACGGAGUCUGGUCCUAUAGAUAGGGAUUGAUGGUAAUUGCUCUGUCCGUUAUUUUAGACAACCUAGAUAUCGUCAUCUGUUUUCGUUAAACAUGAGUACCUUCUCUCUUGACUUGAUAGAAAAGGACUUCGUACAUUACUGGUUAAUGUCAAAAAACAGUUCUCUGGCUCCUUCUACGUUCAUAGACAUAUCAAACGGGUUUCGAGCGAAGUUUGAAUCCGAAAACUUGAACAUCAACCUCGACUUUCUGGUCUGUCCACAAGCUGUUGUCAAUAACAUUGUUUUAGGACAGGUUUUUGGAGACCCUUACUACUUUGCCUUGCCAGAGACGUUAAGCCAAACGGUGCACCCCACAAGUCGGCGAUUUGUAUUUGAUAUGGAACAAAGUGAGUUUCUAGAGGUAAGUUUUUUAGAGUCUUUUUUUAAUAAUCCCACAUAUUCUAUUUCGCUUUCUGCGUGUGUGUGCGGAGUAGUUUCACUGGUAUACCAACCAAAACAUGUUAUUGACCAUCUGGCUUAAGGUGAGCCCUGGCAGUAGGAAAAUUUU